UCCACAGUAAAAUGGUUUUUGGGUUUGAUCGCCGACCUAAUAAAGAGAAUAUUUCCUUUUCUAAAGCUCCAGAGAUGUGAUCAAACAAUGGAUAGUAGCAGCAUCGUGGUAAAGAUUAAGUUUGUAUCAAUGCCAGGUGGAAGUCUUGUCCUCACACUGAAUGUCAAGUACGAAUGGUCUGUGAAGGAAGUGAAAGAGCAUAUUGCGUCACAGCUGGGCUUGCCUGUGGACGAAAUAAAGGUCAUAUUUUCAGGCAAAGAACUUCAUGACAACGACUUAUUUAGGGACUGCGAUGUGGGUCAGCACACCACACUUCAUGCUGUCCGGUCGGCCACUGCUGCUGCCCCAGAGGUGACUGCUGAAAUGCGUUGCCCGCUUAGCAAAUCGGUUUUACGACUGCAGCUCACUGAAGAGGAGAAAAAGACACUCGGCAGCGAUAUAGAUAUUUCAAAGGUGCACUUCUUCGUCUACUGUGGCAGCCCCUGCUCAAAUGUUGUGCCUGCAAAACUACGUGUUCGUUGUUCUAUGUGCAAGCAAGGAACACUUGUCGUUUCCCGGGACCCAAGUUGCUGGGAAGAUGUGCUCGAACAAGGCAAGAUUAGCGGUACCUGUCAGCGAGAGGACUGUACAGGCAAAAUGGCAGAAUUCUUCUUCAAGUGCGCAUCUCAUCCUUCCACUUCUACUGAAGAGUCUAGCCUUGCCGUGUUACAUCUCAUCAAAAACAACUUCUUACAUAUCUCUUGCCUUUCUUGCACCGAGAUCAGUCAGAUUGUACUGGUAUUUCCCUGUGAGUCAGCCCAUGUGAUCUGCCUCGAGUGCUUCCAAGUUUACUGCAGAAGCAGGUUAGAUGAAAGACGAUUCAUCCAGGACCCAAAACUAGGAUACACGUUGCCUUGCCCAGUGGGCUGUGAGAAUUCACUUAUCAAAGAGACUCACCAUUUUCAUUUGCUUGGCAGUGAUCAGUAUCAACGAUAUCUGAGGUUUGGAGCUGAAGAGUCUUUGUUGCAAUCAGGAGGGGUUCUGUGUCCCAGACCGGGAUGUGGUGCAGGUAUCCUUCCGGACCGAAACUGCAACAGAGUGAUCUGCGGCGGUAGGAUCGAAGGGCAAGGCUGCGGGUUUGUGUUCUGCAAGCAGUGUCUACAAGGGUACCACAUAGGGCCAUGCAUUGAAGCUGAGCCUCUCACACCUUCAGCUCAGCCCAGGUAUGAAGUUGAUGAGGCUCAGGCGGACAGGUCUCGCUGGGAGUCUGCAAGUCGUCAUACAAUCUGGGGAAUUUCCAAGCCUUGUCCCAAGUGUCGUACUCCGACAGAAAGAGAUGGUGGCUGCAUGCACAUGGUGUGCACACGACCUCAGUGUGGGUAUCACUGGUGCUGGAUCUGCCAAGUAGAGUGGUCUCGUGAAUGCCAAGGCGCACAUUGGUUUGGAUGAGGAGCUACGUUUCUGUGCAUAGUGUAUACACCUAAUGUAUAGUGUAGUAUCAUCGAUUGUAAGUAUGAUGUUUGUAGAUUUUCUGAAUGAUGAACGAUGGGGGAAAAGAACACUGGAGAAAAAGGAAUAGCAAGUAGUUAUACAGGUCCAUAGAAUACCCCUUAAUAUAGAGACAUCUCUAUUUCAUGGUCUUCAGUGUCCACGAACAUGGAACAGAAGUACAGUACAGCUCACCCCUUUUUUUCUUGUCAUGCUUGUCUUCGUUCGUAUAGAUAAGAUAGUCUAUAUGAGCCCAGGAGUGCAUGCAUAGGGCCCCCAUAUUUCAGGAAAAAACAGAAAAUGAACAUGGCAAAGUGCCAAUUCAGCCACCAAUACAGGCACUGGAGAACACUAAGCACAGCUGUUCCAUAUCUUGUGUUAAUUAAAAUGUAACGAGUGUUUUUUUUUUUUGUUUUUUUUUUCACACAAAAAUCUUACUUUCCACCCGAUAUCACCCGUUUUUUUCCCGGCUCCUGAAAUAAAUCCGCGAUUUUUACCCCUUCUCCCACAUUUUCAAAAAACACAGGGCCCUAUGCACGCAUCAUUCCUCCUGGGAUGGUAUUUUACGAUAUGGACAAUGGUUGCGCUUGGAUGGGAAAACGCAACAGUUUUCAGCGCUUAAAUUAAAGGAUGUAACUUGAUGAUUUUCAGUGCUCCUUAUUUUGUGUGCUUUCUGAAGUAGCUAGUUAGUGACAACACAAUGCUGCAGGCCCUGCAGAUCUAUUUUUUGAGAAGUGCUGUUGGUAUGUAAUGGCUAUGUUGUGUCUCAAACAUUCAUGUGGAAGCUGCUCUAAGCAGUGAGAAAGUGUGAUGGAAUGAAUAUAAGAUGGCAGUGGUAACACUUUUCUCCCACCAUUGUGAACAGCAGUAGCAUGAAGUAAUUGCAUUCCUCGAGAAAAAAUACGGGGAAAUGGAAGAUGAUUACAUAUCUGUAAGGUACUCUAGUUAACCUGUGAGCAUUUUUAAGCUCAUAGAAGUUUGCUAUGCACACGAAGAUCAUCACUAUAGUGCACAAACUAGCAGUCCCAAGUAAAAUUUGCAGAGAUAUGUGGUGAUAGUUUCGGUUUUCAUCAACGUACAGAAUGUUUGCAACUGUGUGUAACUCUUCCGUAAAUUGCUCAAAAUUGGAUUCUUGCUGUCAUUUUAAAACAUGGUUAAACCUUUGGCCACAUAGUGUGCACAUGUUCUGGUAAUUCGGGUGUAAGACAACAGGACACUCGUAAAUAAAUCCUAAGCAUGAACAGCUGGUGAGGUACCAUUGCUGCAUUCCAGUUUACAGAAUACAAAGAUACUCGAGAUGCAUCAAGGGAUGCUUGGUUUGUGCGUUGCCCCAUAAGUUACGGGAUGUCACGUGUAUUCUACUUGAGAAUAUUAUCAACAUGUACAGAUAUGUGUAGUAGAGUACUGUACAGUACAGUGUGGUUCAUCGUAGACAAGCUUGUUCGGAUGGAAGCGUGCCACAAUAUGCAAGUAGGUGUUGUAUCGAGGCAUGCAAUGUUGAAAUGAAUAUGUAUUUGGAAAGGAUGCAUCUGACUGGUUUGUACUGUUUGGGACACAGUUGUCUAAAGUCUCCAGCCCGUGGCGGAGCGAUCCCCUAUCGGCGAUGUCACGCAUGAAGAAACUAUACCAAUACCCUCCCCGAGGGGAGGUCGCGCUCAUCUGCUCUCCCUAGCAGACGACGCUGAGUAAUGCGAUGGUACUCUCUCCCGACAGGUGGCGCUGCGUGGCCUUACCUCAGAGACUGUAAUGGUAUAGUUCCUUCGUGCGCGACAUCGCUGAUAGGGGACUGCUCAGCCACGGCUGGUGAUUUAGACAACCGUGUCCCAACAACAAAGGCCGAAACUGUUCACACAGUAUCCCGUAGCUGGAGGGGACUUCAAAAACCGGAGCAACUCCACCACCUUUUCUGUAUAAGAAUAAAGAAACGUUCUGCGUUUGA